AAACAUGAGAUAUUGGUAUAUAUUUUUAUUGAUUUUAUCAUUAAGUAACAUCAAAGGAUCAGUAUAUACAAAUGUAAAGGAUAAUGUUCUGGCAAUGUUGGAUGAAUCUAAAAAAGAGACUGGAGCUUCCAAAGGCCCCACUGGUUCAAUGAGAUAUUACCAAAACAAAAAGCAACAAGAUGAGAAGGAUAAGAAAUCAGCGCAAAAUAAGGCCACCGUCUUGAAAAAAGUAAGAACUCACGAGGACACCCUUAAUUUAGGAAAAGAUAUAGCCUCCAAAAUGACUGAGAACAUCGAUAAAAGAAUAGCAAAGGAAUACUUCCUCAUGGACCCAGUGCUGAACGAACUGAGACACAGACGAAGAAGAGGCUUAGCAAAAAGCAAAGACUUUCGUAGACAUAAAAAACAAGUAGAAGAAGAAGAACCUCAAACCAGCUCUGACCUGGAGAUGAAGUUCUGGUUAGAUGAGUGGGACGAACAUUGGAUGCAGAAGAAGUUUGAGGCUCUUAACUCGUCACAACCCCGUGGUGAUGUCGUCAACAUGGCGGCAGCUAGACCAUGGGCGGUUCCUUGCGGAGAUCCAAACCAACACGACAUGCCAUGGGGUAACUGCAUGCUACCACCAGAAUGUGACGCAGAGUACCGUAUUUACCGAGGCGAUUCUUUUUGCGGUAGAACUGCAUACGUCUGCUGCGGACUUCAAGUGACCAACUACGACAUGUAUCAGGGCUUAGACAUUUCAUUUGAGGGCAGCAGCUUCUCCACAGACUCAAAUGAGAAAAACGCUCAGACCGGUUCCAAAGAAGAGGACAACAAGAAGAAAGAGGCUGAAAGGAAUAAACGGAAACGUGAUAGAGAUAGGAGGAAGAGGAAAAUCAGAGAAAGCAUCAGAAGGAUAGUAUCAGAAAUCCAAAAAAUAUUAGACAGAGCUUACAGAAAUGGAACUACUCAGCGAAAGAGAAAGACAAAGGAGUUGAAAAAAUUCAUAGAACUGUUGAAGAAACAGUUCAGGAAGGAUCGCAAAUCCAUUGUUAAUGUUCAUCAAGUGGAAAUGGUGAAAAUAGAUGACGGCCUGCAAGCCAGGUUGGAUCAAAUCGGAGAUAUGAAUGAAAAUUUCAUGAGUAACGAUACGUUUAGAGAUAUAGUUGUUAACGGUACGGUGAACAAGGAUAAGCUGGCUCAGUACAUACGGGUGCACCCAGAAUUGGCGAAAAUUUUCAAGAAUAGGCGUGUGGGUGGUAUAGAGGUUAAUCCGGAAAAGAUUGAAGAGACACAUGAUCCAGGACCUCUUGGAGAACAGUUAACGCGGGAAAAUAAAGAGCCAGUCAUCGACUAUGAUGUUGAGUACGGCAUGCUCUAUUAUUGA